CCAUUUCGAAUAAUUAAAUUUUAAAAUGGUCGUCCUGUCUCCAAAGUGCGAGCUGAGACGUACAAACUGUGUCCUGGGAGCAUGUUUUCACCAUACCAUUAAUUCCUAGGAAUCUUAGCCUUGACUCUUUGACCAAGGUUCAAAUACGUUCUCAUUUUCCUAUUUUUUUAGCAAAUCUUAUUCCUUUUUCAAUGGAUUUUCCUUAAUUUUACUGGCUUUGCCUUAUCCAUUUUGGAUAAUGCGAUGGUUCUUCCUUCGCACUUUGUCAAGGUUGGGUUAUUGGGUCUAUUUUUGACCUGGAAUUUUGUAGCUUAGAUUCUUGGGUAUCAAUUUUAAAGCAAGGUAGCUCAGGCGUUCUUUUUAAAGUUGUUACAUCCACUUGCUGGGGAGAGAAAUUAGAAGGACUCGGUUUCAAAGAACUGGGGUACAGGCGUAGUUGGUGUUAGUUCAAAGAACUGGGCUUUGGAAUAGUGGUAAAGGCGGGUCCCUUGCUUCCGCAUUCUGAAGGGUAGUUCUUAGUAUGGAUUCGAGGGAAAAAGAUCACUUUGAAGUGGAUCUUGAAGGCGGGCUUAAGUGGAAUAGCAAUAUGGUGAAAUCUGGGGUAGGGAAUGUGGACGAUGAUGAUGUAGAAUUGGUGGCGAUAGAAAAGAGGUUGGGAGGGGAAGAUACGGGAGACCAAGAGGCUGAUGUUGAGAAGAUUUGCGUGGUUGGAGAGAUGCAUAAGAAGAAUGCUAGAAAGCCUCCCAAGCCGCCAAGACCUCCUAAGGGGCCAUCAAUAUUGGAUGCUGCUGAUAGGAAGUUGGUUAGGGAGCUGGCCGAGCUUGCCAUGAGAAAGCGUGCAAGAGUUGAACGAAUAAAGGCACUGAAGAAGAUCAAGGCAGCCAAGGCAUCACCUUUAAACAACAGCGGCCUUUCUGCCAUGGUCAUCACACUUAUCUUCUUCCUCAUUAUAGCUUUUCAAGAGGGAAUGCGAUCUUCUGGGGGACAGCAAUUGUGUUUAGAAUGGGAAUACAUCAGUGUCAGUUCAUUUGAAUUCAAAAUGUAGGAUCCAUCAUCUGUUGAUUGUGACAAAUAACAUGGUGGAUGAAAGGCUUCUUCAGAUAAUUUUAAGAAAAAAAGAUUGUUUGAGGGUUUACAUUGAUUUGCAUCUUGGACUGCAGCAUUUCUUCUAAUUACUCAACUUUUUCUGAUGUUUCUGUUCUAGUGCGAACCAUGCCUGCUAUGGUGCUAUUGGGUUCUUGAUUUCUCACUCUGCUUACACAGGACAUUAAAAAAUGGUCCACUUAUUUUUGUGAUAAUCAAUUAUGAUGAGAUAUAUAACAAAUGCUCUGUAAACAGAUAUUCAGAUUAUUCACCGAUUUUCCUUUUCCCCAUCAUGUGGAUACUUUUAUAACCCUCAUUGCAUGAGCAAAAUGACCAUCCAGGUCCCAUUUAUUUUAAUUUAUCCCAUUCAUGGAGUAAGAAAUGGACUGUUAUAGCCUUUUCUUUCUAUAUAAUCUAAACCAUUGCUUCAAUGAAACCACUCUGAGUUUUAUCAACUUCUUAAUUUCAUUUUUUUUUUGCUUUUCGCUUUUUGAUAACUGCACCCGACAAUUUAACCAUAAUUUAAAAAGCUAUGGAAGAUGGAAUGGAAUAAUUUCUUGAUUUGGUUGAGUCAGUGAUUGAAAAUCAUGGAAUGUAACAAUUUCUAGUCUGUGCAUUGCUAAAUACUACCUGUAUAUAUUACUACAUUGAAAAAGAUAAUUCACUCGCUGAUUCAUUUUUGCAAGCUUUCUUUUCUUUUUCCAUUUACACGGUCAUCAAAUUGAGCUUUGGGUAUUCAUUUUAAGCUUUCUAAUUUUUCUUUGGUAAUAAUAUCACACUUCAAGGAUGUCAUCUUCCUUCUGCUUUGAACAGACAGUUCUUGCAGAAGAUUUCUGAAAUCUGAUUGUAUGCGACUGCAAUUUGUUUGUGGUUGUGUGUAAUAUAAAACUCAUCUGGGCAUGCUUUUGCAUGGAAUAUUUGGGUUCCAAACCCUAGACAUGUCUCCUGUGGAGGGUUUUUCUAAUGUCUGUUAACGAUCGCCCUUGAAUAUGACAUGUGAUAAAACAUCUUUAUAAUUUGUCUUUGGCUAGACAAUUUCAUUUGGUCCCGUGUUGUGAGAUAUUAUACACACACACACACAUUUAUUGUUGGUGAAAGUUUGUUCGCAGGAUUAAGGUCCAGAAGCAGUGCAAGUGUGAGGUUACAUGGAUCUUCUGAGCCAGCAUUGGCAGGAAGCGAGGGGAUGAUUUCGAUUCAGUAUCACAAGGACUUUUAUUUGUAUAAACGCAAUGGAUAGAACCGUUCUAUCUCCUUUGGGUUUGUAUUCCUUUUGUAUGAUGUAUCUUCUCAUGCUGCGUGUUUUAAGUCCAAGCUAACUAAAGUACUGACCCCAACUAUGUUCCAUGCUAGUUCAGCUUUGCAGAAGAACAGGAUUGUAGUUCAGGUCCAGGGAAUGAAGUGGGUAAAAUUGCUAGAUAAUUCGAAGUCAUUGAAGUUGUGACCAUGAGUGCUCUCACAUGUAGGGCAUCAGGGCAGCUCAUUUAGGAGUUCUUUGAAUAGUGAGAUAAAAAAAAAUGAGAUGAGUUGAAAUAGUUUGUGAAUAGUGGUGAGAAAUUGUUGAGUUAAGAUAAGAUGGUUUUUGAAAAUUUUGUGUAUUUGGAUUAGAAAGUAAGAUGAGAUGGCUUUAACUUUUUAGAGAUUUGAUA